UUUCUUUUGAGAUGACGUGGCAUCUUAGCUCCGACCAGUGUGUAUAUAAAGGCCCCUAAACCCAUUCUGAAAUCUCAACAUUUAACAGUUAUCACCAAAUCAAAGAGAAAAAUGGGAGACCAUCAUCAUCAUCAUCACCACCACCUAACUCAAGAAUCAUCCCAAUCCAUGGAAGAUCAACCUCUCAAUUUCUCAGCUCUCCGCCUCGAGAGUUCACCCACCAUCACUACAACACCCCACCACCACCACCACCCCUGUUCCAACUGCGGCUUCUUCGGCUCCGGCUCCGGCUCCGGCUGUAUUACAGACCACUCCAAUUCCGCCUCCCACAAACGACCAUUGCCACCUCCUUCAACACCCACCUCUCUUCUUUGCCCUACCGAUCUUAACGAUCCCCAACCCAAACCCAAGAAACUGUUUCUUGAACAGAACGACGUCGCUUCACCAUCUCCGCCACCGUCUGCGGCGGCGGAUGACUCUACUCCGACUAACCCUUUUCUCCUUCGCCGAUGCGUUUCGGAUCCCUACCACGCUCCUCCGUCGACCGAUUCUUUUAGGGGUUCUGGUUCUGGCAUUUUCUCGAACACUUACAGUUCUCCUCAGAAUAAUGUAAUCAAGACCAACACUAACUCCGUCACUCCUUGCUCGGCCCCGCUUCCUCCUCGGCCGCCACCACUUCUCCGCCGCUGCGUCUCAGAUCCAACUUCUUCUCCGUUCAAGAACUAUUCACGUAAUUCGAGCUCUAACGAUUUGGAUAAAACCCCAAAACCAAAGAAGUUGGGAAAAAUGUGGGAUUGUUGGAAAGAGAUGAAUUCGAAGAUGGAAGAGUUAAUGAGUGAAGAAUUAUUAGAGGAAGAAAACGACAAUAAUAAUAAUAAUGCUGUUGUUGCUGGUUAUGAGAAAAACGACAACGUAUUGAUGAAAAACGACGUCGUUUCGAAUGAGGAUGAUGUUGUAGUUGAAGAAUCUUUGAGUGUGGAGAGAAAAGGAGAAAGCUUAACUGUUCGAUUCAACUGUCAAUGUGGAAGAGCUUAUGAGUUUCUUCUUCCUGGUGGUAACUGUUACUACAAGCUCUUGUAAUAAUAAUCUCACCCAUUUUUCUACUCAUUUUUUUUUUUUCUAAAAAAAUUUAAAUAAAGACAAGACAUGUUCUGGUUUUGUUGCAAUUCUUAUUCUUUGUAAAGAAAUUAAUAACAAUAAUAAUAAAAACAAAAUUUAGCACUGUAA